AUGACUACUAAAUUGACGGACUGGGCCGACAAAGCAACCGGCGAAUUCAACCGCAAGCCCUCCGUCUUCAGAAACUUCGUCUCCCGCGACCCCGGCGCGCAGUUCCCGCCCGAGAAGAACCGCUACCACCUCUUCGUCAGCUAUGCCUGUCCCUGGGCCCACCGCACCCUCAUCGUCCGCCAGCUCAAGGGCCUCGAGGACGUCAUCAGCUUCUCCACCGUGCACUGGCACAUGAAGCAAGGCGGCUGGCAUUUCGCCACCCCCGACGAAGCCAGCGCAGAGAUGGCCACCGCGCCCGAACCCGUGGUAGGCGCCUCCUUCCUGCGCGACAUCUACCACCGCGUCAACCCGGACUACAGCGGCCGCUACACCGUGCCCGUGCUGUGGGACACGAAGAACAACGCCAUCGUCAGCAACGAGAGCAGCGAGAUCAUACGCAUGUUUUAUGAGGAGUUUGACGAGUUUGUGUCUGAGGACAAGAAGGGGGGGUGGCUGCUGCCAGAGGCGAAGAGGGCGGAGAUUGAUGCGAUGAACGAGUGGGUGUACGACACGGUGAACAACGGGGUGUACAAAGCGGGCUUUGCGACGUCGCAGGGGGCGUAUGAAAGUGCGGUGGGGGCGCUGUUUGAGUCGUUGGGGCGCCUGGAGGGGAUCCUUGCGGGAUCGGGGGGGAGGUAUUUGUUGGGGAGUGAGAUGACGGAGGUGGAUGUGAGGCUGUUUACGACGGUUGUGAGGUUUGAUCCGGUGUAUGUGCAGCAUUUUAAGUGUAAUGUCGGCAUGAUUAGACAUGAUUAUCCGGCGAUUCAUAAGUGGCUAAGACACUUGUAUUGGGAUAUUCCGGCGUUUAAGGAUACGACGAACUUUGAGCAUAUCAAGAAGCAUUAUACGAAGUCGCACACGCAGAUCAACCCCCAUAGCAUCACGCCCGUGGGGCCGCUGCCGGAUAUAGUGCCAAAGGAUAAGGAGUAG